UUGUCGAACUUGUACUGAAGUGCUCACCUCACCUGUCACUGGGAUACACCUUGAUUGAUCCGUGCCUGUUACCGAAGACUAUAGUUUUCCCCAUUGCACAUUGCAUUGACUUCACCUGCGAGUAGUGAAACCAACCGACCUACAGUAAGAGAAUGAAGGCCCUGCUUGUUGGAUUGAUUGGACUAAUCGCCUCCAUCUACCUGGUGGACUCUCUGACCUGCAACAAGUGCUCCGUAGGCCUGGUGGGCUUCUGCAUCUCCCAGACCGAGGAGACCUGCGCGGGGAACCAGAGCUGCUACACUGGGAAGGCUGUCUUCACCUCCAUCUCCAGCUUCAACGGCUUCAACACGCAGGGCUGCCUGGACACCUCCGGAUGCAACACCACGUCCACCAGCAGCAUCCUGGGCGCCAGCUACACGGUCACGCAAACGUGCUGCGACACCGACAAGUGCAACCCCAUCGAUACCUCUGGGGCGCCGCCCGUCACCUACGUGUCUGCCACCAUGGCCCUCAGCGCCGCCCUGCUGGCCUCAGUCUGGAGUAGCGGAAGCAUGAUCUGAUCUGAGUAGUGAGAGGGGGGAAAAAGAGUGGGCGGUGGGUGCAAUAGAAAGACCAAAAAAGUAUGACUUAUGCUACUACAUCCACUACUGAAACAGGCCUGCCACCACACUACGUUGCACCACAUCAUCACUCCCAAGGCUGUACUGCAGGUCCCUGUCUGACGUAUUGGAAUGUUCUUCUGGUCGAUAGAGAGAGGGGGCACGCAACACAAAGGCAAAACUACUACUGCCAACCGGACUCAAUGCACACAGAAACUAAGCUAUACAAUACUCCUCUUGUCCUAUACAAAACCAGUUCAUUCACUUCCAUUGUCUGUCUCCUGACAAGUCCCUGACUUCGGGAGACGGUCUUGCUUGACUUGUUUUUUUUUCCCAUCAGCCUUUUUUUGCACCUGAAUAGCCCACAGCUACAUAUCUCAUUCUCAGGAAAAUCUGUGUAGAUUCUAAUCCAUACAGAUCAUGUUAGUCAACGAAGCUGUAAUCUUCAUGCUAUCAGACUUUUUUCCAAAGCCUGACCCCGAAUAAAAAAAAUUAAAUCUAGUUGCUUUAAAUUGUACUUUUUUUACAUUAAACUCAUAGUGUCAGAUGAAGCCAACGAUGACAAUGGGCUGAGACACAUUAGGGCUAAGACAGAUUAAGGCUGAGACACUCUCUGGGUCACUCCAUAGAAAUACAACUCACGGGCCAUAAAGCGAUACCAGAUACCACACUAAUAUCUGGAAAGAAGCUCAUUUUCCACAAUCCCUUGACUUAAAUGAUUGAGCUUAUUUCCAGAAUGAAAACAGAUUUACAUUGGGUUUUUUUUUAAUUGAUAGGCCUGUACUGUAUACCAGUAGGUCGAUUAGGGCUGAUAUGAACAUAAUAGCCAAAAUUAGACCCAAAAAGCACUAUGCUAAGAAAGACAACAUACACCUCUCAUGAUUAAUCUCAAUGGAAAGAGAACAGGAGAAGAAGAACUAUAACCUAUUAAGCGAUAACUCCAUAAGAAUUACCAUAUUGGCAGCUGAGCAUCCAAUAGGAAUGUGUCCUAUAUGUUAAUGCGAAUUGGAAAUGAUUUUUGCCUUUAUAAUAUUGUGUCACACAGAGAAAGUAAAAGCAGUUGAUAUCCAUGUUUUUAUACCUGCAUUUUCUUUUUAUUCGACUUUAUUUAUAUAUGUAUUUUAACAUUUUGUUUGCCUCAGCUGAAAUGAAUUCAUGAAUGAUUAGUGUGUAUGUCCAUAAAUGAUAUAAGAACUAUCGUUUUUAAUAAAGUGUU